AUGGAACCAGAAAGUUGCUGUUAUAUUGUGGGGGAGACACACAGUGUCAGAUCACCAGCACUAACAAGGACCAUUGACCUUAAACAAUCACCCCCUGUCAUCAUGUCCUCAUAUCUGGAAGCCUUAUCGAAGCAUAUGGAAGCAGUCAAUGACUUGAACGCUUAUUACAAUUCAUUGAGCUACGAGCAAUUGAAAGCCAUGACUUUCUUGGAGAGAGUUCAAGCCUACAACUGGACUUUCGAAUUGUUCGCCUUUGCUGUUCUUGCCAUUGUUAUUGGAUCCUUUGCAUAUGGUAAUGCUGCCAAUAAGUCCCGUGCAAAGAAAUUCUUCACUCCCAUGAGUGAGUACCUUAAGAACGAUUUGAAUUUCGCUCGUGUUGGAUUUCGUACUGCUGAUGGAACAGUAUUACCAUACAUGGUCCAACAUGCCAAUACCUGGUUAAGUACAUUUGCCACCGGUCGUUCUGCCAUUGAUUCCGUCUCUGUUAGGGCUCAUUUAUUGCCUCGUAACAACCCAAUGUCCAUGUUAAUGGAUUUUGUUGUUGGGUUAGCAUUCCCAAGUUUAGUUAACAACGACUCUAAUGAAUAUUGUGAAGUAAUCGUUAAGCCAAAUGGUAUUUACGUUGCCACGGAAAACAGCAAGAUUAACACUAAUGCUCAGGAAUUGUUAGCUUCCAAGUUCAAGUUUAUCACCUCCAUCGUCAACAAGAGUUUCAUGAGUGAUGCUCGUGACAAGAACUAUUUCUUAUCAUUGACUUUAACCAGUGAAAAUAAUACAUUAUCUGAAGAGUACGUUUACAUGUCCGAAUUAAACCAAUUGAACACUUUCAUAAUGCAUUACGCUAAGGGUAAGGAUGUCAAUGAAAUUUUACAAAAGGCUACUAAGUUCUUGCAAUUCAUUAGUUUCACUGACCUUCCAGUGGAUAGACCAUUAUCUGCUGCUGAAUGGGAAGCUAAACAAGAACCUCGUGUGAUCAUUCGUUCCAAUUUCCCAACAUCUCAAUUUGAAAUCGAUUUAUUGAAAGAGAUCACAUCUCUAGUGGUGGAAGUCGUCGAUAACUUUACUCGUGACUUGGUUAAUAAGACUCCUGAUCUAUUGAUCACUGCAGAAUUCCAGAAGAAGGCCAAGCAUUUGCGUACUCAAGAACUUUCUAAGAUUGUCAAGGAAGCUAAGGAAGCCGAAGCUGAAGAGCUCAAGGAGAAGAGACAAGAUGCGGAAAGACAGAGAAUCCGUCAAUUGAGAAAGACUGGUGAACAAGAAAAGAUUGAUAGAAAGAUGAAGGAGAAGCGUGAAAGACGUAUGAGAAACAAGCAAAAGCAAAGAAUGUAA